AGUCGGUUCGCGAGCUGUCAGCGCGGGCGGGAGCGCGGCGGGGCGCGGGGUGGGCGCGGCCGACCCGCUCCCGCAGCCGGCCCGCGACCCCGGACUUCCCGCGCGCCCCGCACCCUGCCCGCUGGGCCGUCCGGCCGCGCCCCGCGCCCCUCGCUAGCUCGCUCGCCUCGUUCUCUCGCUCGCCGGCCGCCGGGCGGGCGGGCCGGCGCCGGAGACCCUGCCGGGGCCGAGGUUUCUGGCAGGCGGGCGGCGAGGGCCCGGCUGCGGCCUCCUCGACAUGUCCUCGGCCUGCGACGCCAGCAGCCACUUCCCGCUGCACCUCCUGGUGUGGAACAACGACUACCGGCAGCUGGAGAAGGAGCUGCGGGACCAGAAUGUGGAGGCUCUGGACCCACGAGGUCGAACGUUACUGCAUCUUGCUGUUUCUUUGGGACAUUUGGAAUCUGCUCGAGUCUUGCUCCGACACAAAGCAGAUGUGACAAAAGAAAAUCGCCAGGGAUGGACAGUUUUACACGAGGCCGUGAGCACUGGCGAUCCCGAGAUGGUGUACACAGUCCUUCAGCAUCGAGACUACCACAACACAUCCAUGGCCCUGGAGGGAGUUCCUGAGCUGCUCCAAAAAAUUCUUGAGGCACCAGAUUUCUAUGUGCAGAUGAAAUGGGAGUUCACCAGCUGGGUGCCCUUGGUUUCCAGAAUAUGCCCGAAUGACGUCUGUCGCAUUUGGAAAAGCGGUGCCAAACUGCGCGUCGAUAUCACCUUGCUGGGAUUUGAAAACAUGAGCUGGAUAAGAGGGAGGCGUAGUUUUAUAUUUAAGGGAGAAGACAACUGGGCAGAGUUGAUGGAAGUCAACCACGAUGACAAAGUGGUGACCACUGAACACUUUGACCUUUCCCAAGAAAUGGAGCGCCUCAGUCUGGACUUGAUGAAGCCAAAAAGCAGGGAAGUUGAGCGGCGGCUCACAAGCCCAGUCAUUAACACCAGCCUCGAUACUAAAAAUAUUGCCUUUGAAAGAACUAAAUCCGGAUUCUGGGGCUGGAGGACAGAUAAAGCAGAAGUUGUUAAUGGUUACGAAGCAAAGGUUUACACAGUAAACAAUGUGAGUGUGAUAACCAGAAUACGCACGGAACACCUGACCGAGGAGGAGAAAAAGAGAUAUAAAGCGGACAGGAACCCACUGGAGUCUUUGCUGGGGACUGUGGAACACCAGUUUGGUGCUCAAGGGGACCUCACCACGGAAUGUGCCACUGCAAACAACCCGACAGCCAUCACGCCCGAUGAGUACUUCAACGAAGAGUUUGAUCUGAAAGACAGGGACAUCGGAAGGCCGAAAGAGCUGACAAUUAGAACACAGAAGUUUAAAGCAACGCUAUGGAUGUGUGAAGAGUUUCCCCUCUCUCUCGUGGAACAGGUCAUUCCCAUCAUUGACCUAAUGGCUCGAACUAGUGCUCAUUUUGCAAGAUUGCGAGACUUCAUCAAAUUAGAAUUCCCACCUGGAUUUCCUGUUAAAAUAGAAAUUCCCUUGUUUCAUGUCUUAAAUGCACGGAUUACAUUUGGAAAUGUUAAUGGCUGUAGCACUGCCGAAGAAACUGUAUCUCAAAAUGUGGAAGGGACCCAGGCUGAUUCAGCUUCCCAAGUGACAGACUUUGAGGUCGAUCAGUCUGUGUUUGAAAUUCCCGAAUCUUACCACAUUCAAGACAACGGCAGAAAUGUGCAUUUGCAAGAUGAAGAUUACGAGAUAAUGCAGUUUGCCAUCCAGCAGAGCCUGCUGGAGUCCAGCAGGGGCCAGGAACUUCUAGGACCAGCUUCGAAUGGCGGGAUCAGCCAGACACACGCCUAUGAUGACCAGUACGAGAGGGCCAUCCAGGAGAGCCUCCUCACCAGCACUGAAGGCUCGUGCACUGGUGCCCCAAGUGACACGAGCAGUUUUGAUAGCGACUUGCAGCUGGCCAUGGAGCUGUCUGCCAAAGAGCUGGAGGAACGUGAGCUCCGGCUCCAGGAGGAGGAGGCCGAGCUCCAGCAAGUCUUACAGCUGUCACUCACUGAGAAAUAGACCUCUCUGCACAAAGCAGAGGCUCUGGGCUGCCACGGACGCUGUGUCAACCAGGCUGAGGGCCUGCACCCCGUGUGUGCAGCAGAUGGCAGCUGCCCCUUCCUUAUGCAGGUGCAGAACCAGGGGCUCCUUGGCUCAUCCAGAAUGUUCCCUGGGGUGGAGAAGGGGCUGGGGAUCGGCAGGCCCUGUCUCCAGGCUACGGAGAGGAGAGCAUGGUCACUUUCCAUUAGCUGUAUUGGCUUGCAGGUCACAUUUUUACUACCAGCUUUAGACAAAACCCCAAUCCCUGCAGGUUUGUAGAUAGAUUUUUAUUAAGGAGUGAUAGCAAAACAAGUUAUUGCAGAGUCAGGGUGCUUUUAUAUAUGAGAGCAGCGGCGGCGGCAGCAGCCUUUGUAGAGUGGGGUUUAUGAGAAUUUGAGACACUUCUUUACUGUUCACCAAAGAAAUGGGUAAUCUGUGCUGAUCUACUCUUUAUUUUUACCUUUAUACAGGGUUUCUAGGACAUUGCCAUUAUUCCUCCUCCAUCUCCAUCUUAUUCCAUCCUCCCACCCCCAGCUACAGUUAAAGAGGAGAUAUGUACAGGAUCUAUUUUAGAUUGUGGUUAACUAUUUGCAUCAAAUUAAGAUAUACAAAUGACCAUGGCUGUUGCCUUAGCCUUAAAUGUUACUAAUAGUUUAAACCGCCUCACUCCACUUAUUGAGGGAUCUGAUUUGAAUUUAUAAAGGCAAUUCCUUUUGAGAGCAGGAUCCUCCAGGCUAAAUCAAAGGCAGCUAAUCCUGUCCCUGAAGGAGCAGCUAGCAGAACCUGACGCUUGUUCUUGAAGCGGGCAAGCUAGCCAAAAUACUGGAACAGCAUAGAACCAAGCCAAGUGCGUGUUCCACGCCUGCCCUAGUGAACGAUUUCCACGUAGACACCUAGAAGAACCCACUGCAUGCCCUAGUCUCACCUGAGAGGAAAGAUGGAUUUGAAAUCAGAAAGGGAGCUUAAAACAAGAGCUCAAUGGCUCUUCAUUCUAAAGGGAAAAUGACGAUUCCACGUUGCUUUUUAGAGUUCAAAUCAACAUCUUUCUGGAUAAAUAUAUUUUUUAACAGAAUUUUUAUUAUUUUUAAAAGAUAUAAAAACAACUACUCCCAUCAGUAGCAAUACAAGGUUAUACAUUUUAACCAGAUUUUUCUCAGGCCUUUUUUGGAUACCUUUAGUAGUUAACUAUUUUGUCAAACCCUCCUGUAAAUAACCAUCCCAGGACCCACAGAACUGGGGGGGAGGAUACAGCCGAGGGCACCCCUCACUCUGGCCCGUGUAUGCAUUCCCGCAGUGCACUGAAAUACCCCGGGAAACAAUAUCCUCCUCUGUUUUGCAUCUAUUUCCUCUGUUGCGCUUCUUUUUAGGAUAGGAAGAGAAACAUAAACUACUGUUCCAGUUAACGUCUGUUAUCAUACAGUUAGUGUCGCCAGUAAGACGUUCCUAGACACAAAGAACUGUGCUUUUAAUUCCAUAUAACCAUCUGCCUUUUUUUGGUCAUGGUCUGACCACAGUUCCUUCUGUACACACAAGGCCAGUAUAGGCAACUUCACGUUUGUUGCAAACACGUGGCUUGGCAUUUUGUUUACCUGGCGUUUACGCGAAGUAAACAGUUCUUGGUAAUGGCUGUGGUUAGGCCAUGUCGUUUACUCACUAAGAUGAACCAUAGGUAAUUUCUAUGUUCGCAUUCCAUUGCUCUGCUUCCCAAGUUCUUUGACUUUCUCCCCAGGGAGUCACUUAAAAAAGGGACUGAGCAUCAUAUCAACCUGUUGCAGCAUUUUUCAUGUAUGUGUUCACUCUUAAAAUGCAAAUAAAGCCUGCUUCCUUAGAGGGUGCUCAUACAAUAUUCCA